AUGCCCGCCAAACACAUCAACGAUACAGAAAACAGCGCAGACUCUGGCGUCCCAGACGCCAACAUCAACUAUUCUGACGCUAUUGCCUACUGGCUGUCGGUGCCUGCGUCCGUCAACGGAGUGCUCGGUGGCUUUGGCGAACAAACACCUGUGCCCAAGGCCGACAUCAUCGGCUCGGCCACGUUCUUGCGCAAGCUCGAGUCUCGGAUGGCGUGUCCCGACGGAGCCCGUCUCACCAUAGAUAUGGGUGCCGGGAUCGGGCGGAUCACACGCGACUUGUUGUGGAAAGUCAGCGACCGGUGCGACUUGUUGGAGCCCGUGGAGCCCUUUGUGGCGCAGAUGGAGCGUGAACUUGCGGAUGUCAAGCGCCGCGGCCGUCUCGGCGACAUCUACGCCCAAGGAAUGCAGGAGUGGCGGUGUCUGCCCGAGAAGAUGGGGCAGUACUGGCUUGUAUGGUGCCAGUGGUGUGUGGGCCAGUUGCCCGACGACGAGCUUGUGGCGUUCUGGCAGAGAUGUCGCGAGGCGUUGAUGCCCAACGGCACGGUUGUGGUCAAGGAGAACAUUGCGCCGGUGGAGGACGUUUUCGAUCCGACCGACCUGAGCGUAACACGCACAGACGCCAAGUUCCGGGAGCUUUUUGCCCGCGCAGGCUUGCGGUUGAUUGCAAGCGACGUGCAGAAGGGCAUGCCCCGUGAGUUGUAUCCCGUGCGGAUGUACUGUCUCAAGGCAGCUGAAGUAUAG